AUGGUCUACUUGAAUCUGGGGGCAAGCCGUCCCUGGAACAUCCUGCUGCUGAUGCUGCUCUUCGUGACGGUCGCGCUGGUCACGCAGAACAUCUUCCUUUUCGUGAUGACGUUCAUCGUCAGCCUGUUUUCGAUAGCCCUGGCGGUGUAUCUCCUGAUCCAAGCGUACCCGUUGGAGCUGAUGGUGAUGGACUUCCUGGACCCCUUCCACGGCCGUCCAGAUGAUCUGCGCAGAGCUGGGGUCAAGCCGUCCUUGGAACGCCAUGCUGCUGAUGCUGCUCUUCCUGUCGAUCGGCGCCUUCCUGGUCAUCGCUACCCUGACGUUCACCUCCCUGGCCACUACCGUCCUUCCAGUGCUUCCUGA